AUGACCUCCCUCCGCUCCUGGUUCCCCAUCCCCAAAGGCUCCCACUUCUCCCUCCACAACAUCCCCUUCGGCAUCAUCUCAACAUCGUCCUCCCCCACCCCCCACUGCGCCGUCGCCAUCGGCGCCCACGCCCUCGAUCUCGAAGCCUUCGCCGCGAACAAUGGCUUCUCCGGCCUCUCGACCAUCCAGCCCCACCAAUCCGUCUUCUCCUCGUCCUCCCUAAACGCCUUCGCCGCGCUCGGCCGCCCCAUCCACAGCGUCGUGCGCAAGUACAUCCAGAGCGUCUUCUCUGUCGACACGCCCUACGCCUCCGUGCUCAAAGACAACGACUCCCUGCAGAAAGAAGCGCUCAUCCCGCUCAAGGAUGUAACAACCCACCUCCCCAUGCGCAUAGGCGACUACACCGACUUCUACGCGGGUCUGAACCACGCCUUCAACGUCGGAGUCCUCUUUCGCGGCGCGGCCAACGCCCUGCAGCCAAACUACAAGCACCUCCCCGUCGGGUACCACGGCCGCGCCUCCAGCGUCGUCGUGUCUGGGACGCCGAUCCGGCGGCCGAGCGGGCAGAUCCUCGAGAAGCCUGGAGCCCAAGCGCCAAUCUUCUCAGCAUGCAGGAAGUUGGACAUCGAGCUCGAGCUCGGCUGCUUCGUGUGCAAAUCCAACAAAAUGGGUGAGCCGAUCCCGAUCGGGGAGGCGGAGAACAGCCUCUUCGGCGUGGUGCUCAUGAACGACUGGUCCGCGAGAGAUAUCCAGGCGUGGGAGUAUGUCCCCCUGGGUCCAUUCAACGCGAAGAAUUUCGGCACGACGAUUAGCGCGUGGGUCGUUUUGGCCGAGGCGCUGGAGCCGUAUCUGGCACGGUCGGCGGUCGAGAAUGAUGUUGAGCUGCUGCCGUAUCUAAGGGAGAAAAGAGAGGAGAAUGUGUAUGAUAUCAAGCUGCAGGUGGAUCUGAAGACGAAAUCCGACAACAAGACCACGAUAAGCAGAACAACGGCGCGGAACCUGCUUUUCUCGUUCCCGCAGAUGCUGGCGCAUCACUCGAUAACGGGCUGUCCGAUGCAGGUUGGUGAUUUACUGGGCUCGGGCACCAUCAGCGGUGUUGAGCCGAGCGAAAGGGGCAGUUUGUUAGAGCAGAACGAGAACGGUAAGGCGACUAUCAAGCUAGAAGGCGGCGAGGAGAGAAAGUUUCUCGAGGACGGUGACGAGAUCACUAUUACCGGCGUCUGCGGGGAGGACGAGGAGGCUUUGGUAGGCUUUGGCGAGUGUGUGGGGGCGAUUGAGCCUGCGCUGCAGUUCGAUUUCUAA